GAGCGCGAAGCGCCCGCCAGUGUUCGACUACGUUCCAGCGGGUCGCUCAUGGGACCUCCGUGGCCUGGGCUUCAACGCGACCGACCUCGCCAGCGCUAUAGGCGCAGGGACCUUGUCGAAAGGUUGGCAGCAGAGGAAGGAGCGCGUCUCCACGGACGCGGCCGUGUUCAACAACCUGAUGGGGCGCAUCCAGGGCUGCCCCUGCCACGUUCACCAGGGCGGGCGCGCGCGCCACAGGUCGGUCGCAGGCGGUGCCGGCUCGAGCGCGGCCCCGCCGCCAGCCCCAGCGGCCCCUGCCCCCGCGGCGCCCGCGGCGGCAUCGGGCCCAGCGCCAGCGCCCGCGGCGCCCGCUGCGCCCGCGCCAGCCCGCGGCGCCGACCCCGCCGCGGUGCUCGCGCCCCCUGGCGCAGCGCCGUCGCGCCCCAUCGACGCGGGCGACGAGUCCAUGGCGACCUCAUAUCAGCUCCUUGCCGCGCUCGAUGCGCGGGCAAACGAGAUGCUGCUCAGCGGGGACAUGGACGGCUUCGACCACUUGUUCCAGUACGCGCGGGAGCUGCGCGACCAGCUUACGACGUUGCAGAAGAGGCAGCCCAUGGCGCCAUCGCAGGACCUCGUGCUCGAGGAGGUGAGGAAACUCGCGAGAGGAGGCGAGUCGGUCCCUGCCCCCACGGCGCGCAUUGCGCAGCACGCCCUGGACUUCGACGGCAAAAUGAAGAGCCGCACAGAGUCGCCGUGGCGCAAAGAGACCCCACGCAUCACAAUCGAUGGCUUCUUCGGCUACAUGGUCGGCGCCGUCCGCGUCAGCGAGGAUACUUUCCGCGACAGCCGCGCCAUGGGGAUUAGCUUCUUGUUCUUCCCCCUGGACAUCGGUGAGGAGAACUACUCCGAGAUCGGGGUGAUUCAGGCGCUGCAUGGCCAGGGG